CCAGAGGAUACGAAAGCAAUCCAAUCCAAGCAGAAGCGAGACAGCUGUCGUUGUUGUUGGUGCUGCUCAUCUUUGUUUGUGUGUGUCUUCUUCUCUUGGGCCUUGGCGUGACGUCUGGCAUUAUUGUGUGACUGAGACUGCGUCCAAGCGAAUAAGCGCAGCCAACCAAGCAAAAGUCGUGCUCUUCUUUGCCCCUCGAAGGCUCUCGUGUCUCCGAAACGAGCGGUCCACACCCGCAUCUGGUUCUUGUCGUCAACAACAACUUCGACGCCGAUCACCCGUCACCAUGUCCUCGCAAGGCUUUGAGGAUGCCGAGUAUGAUCUGGAGGACGUGCUCUCCGAGCUCUCCAGCAUGGUUCAAUCGCUCGCCAACAUGUCGGGAGAACAACGCAGACGACAGAUUGAGGAUGCACAAAGCAGAGUUGACAAAGCCGAAGACUUGCUGUACACGAUGGAGUCUGAGGCGCGGCUUGCGCCGCCAAGGGAACGUGCAACGCUCAACAACCGCCUCACCUCCCACCGACAGAAGCUCAAGUCCAUCAAGCAGAAGCUCGCCACGGGCGAGCGCUCAGCCCUCCUCGGCGCAGGCGGCAGCCAGGACCAGGGCGCGGUGACGACGCGGGACCAGAUUCUUGCGAACCGGCAGACGAUGAAUGCGACGAGCGACCGCCUGGUGCAGAUUGAGCGACUUGGCGAGUCGAGUCGACAGACGGGCGAGCAGAUUAUGACCGACCUCAGCGACCAGCGCGACACCAUCGUCCGCAUCGGCGGCAGGGUCCAAGGCACGGACGCCAACCUGUCAAAGGCAAACCGCAUCCUCAACUCCAUGACGCGCAGGAUCAUGACGCACAAGAUGAUUAUGGUUGCGACGAUUGCCAUCCUCAUCCUCAUCCUCGUCGUUGUUCUCCUCAAGAAACUCCACGUCAUCUAAACACAUCACACAAACACAUCACAAUACCCUGUUCUUACUCCUGCCCCUGCCUUCUCCUUCCCCCCCCCCCUCUCUCUCUCUCUCUCUCUCUCUCUCUCUCUCUCUC